GCCUGUCAUGUGGCACCUGUCCAGUCAGCGCUUUGUCCACAGAGACCUGGCCGCCAGGAACUGUCUGGUGAGCAGCCAGCGGCAGGUGAAGGUGUCGGCGUUGGGCCUCAGCCGGGACGUGUACAGCAGUGAGUACUACCACUACCGGCAGGACUGGGUCCCGCUGCGCUGGCUCCCAGCAGAGUCUGUGGUUGAGGACGACUUCUCCACCAAGUCAGACGUGUGGGCCUUCGGGGUGCUGAUGUGGGAGGUGUUCAGCCUGGGGGAACUUCCCUACACCAAACUCAGCGAUGACGAGGUUCUGGAAGCUCUGCAGGCAGGGAGGUUGAAACUCACAGCCCCUGAGGGUUGUCCCUCCAGGGUCUACCAGCUCAUGCUACGCUGCUGGUCCAGCCUGAAGGAACGGCCCUGCUUCAGCGAGAUUGUCUCGGUGCUGGGAGAUCUGCCCUCCGACAGCAAGGUCUGAGGGGGCCCUGGCCCCAGCGGCCCCACCCCAGUCCUCCCCACCCCCCCAAUCCUCCCCGCUCCCCUUAAAACAAACACAGGAAUGCUGGAUUCAGAGUCUCACACAUUUCAGGGAAGGAGGGAGAAGGGUUGACAAGGAGAGAACUCAUUUUUAUAUUUGAAACAGAGGAGAAGGAUGUGGUUUACAAAAACACUUUUGUUGCACCAACAUAAAGACCGCGUUGUGAGAGGACGACUGCGAGGGAAGAUCCCAGUCCUGACGUUACCGAGCUGCUACUCCUGGUCCUAGAGGUUCUGUCUUGGUUCCAGACAAGAUUCCACCACGGUUGUUUGAACGUGGUCCUACAUUGCCUGAGGAUGUAGCUGCCCAGAGACGCUGUCCUCUUCUGUCCCCAGUACAGGAGCACAGGAGGCAGCCUGUCUCUCCCCCAGCCAUCCUCACCCCUCCACCCCCACCUCUGAGUCCUCAACUAUUCCCUCCAGCAGGGAGUGCUGUGUGUCUGUGUGUCCUGUGUGUCAGCCUCAGCAACUGAUGGCUGUUGUUUCUUGACUUCCCUUUCCAAUUGUUGUGCCACAGAUGCCCGUCUGUAUGAUGUGAUGUCUGCUUUCAGGGGCAGGGUUCAGCAUACUGGCUAAGGAGAGGUAGGAGAGGCUGGGUGGUCAGGUAUGAAGGUUUGCCGUCUGUUGCAGGUGAGAAGGUGCUGUGAGAGGAACCCAGAAGGUUCCGUUUAUGGAAUCUCUACAGGAAAAAAUUACAAUCAAAUUCAUAGCCAAGGAAUAUUGUGAAUGAGUGAGGUUUUGUGAUUUGUUCUGCUCUGUUUGAAAUUCUGAGGUGCUUGAAAAUGACGCUCCUGUUUAGUGGGGGUAACUUUACAUAAGGAAAAUGUCAUCACUGUUGCAGCCUAUCAUCUGGUUCAGCUUGCAACACUGUCCUCAGAAGACCAAUCACAGUUACUGUUCAACCUAUCUGGUCCAAUCACGUUGUGUAAUGUUGCAGUGUGGACCAUCCCAAGUUAUGUGUACAUGAUGUAGAAUUGAUGCACUAACUUCACUUAGAAUCCCCUCCCUCCCAGUUGUAGAAGGAUGUACAGGAGUUCAUUUAUUACAAAGGUCCUGUCUUUUUUUAAUGAAUUUUUUCUAGAGAGAAAGGUACUCGACAAUCUCUUACCACAGCUGCAAAUGUAUUCAAUCUAUUAUGAUACGUGUCCAUGUGCAUUCAGUAUGGUAAUGAGCUGAAUAUGUUAUUAUUAACAACAGAGCUUCAUGAAAGACAGUGACGUCAGGUCGCCAAUACUCAUCAUGACUCAAGUGCCUGCUGGAACAUGAAGGAUUAGUAGACGUUUUCCCUCUUUCAUUUUACAAUAUCUAAUCAAAUGCAAUGGCCUUGUAUUGUUUUUAUGAACUUGUUUUAUAUAUAUAUUGUUUUUAGUACAAAACACGGUUUGUUUUAUUUUCUAUGAACGCUAGACACACAGGUGUCUUUUUUUUAUUAGCUUCAAGCAAAUGGUGUCCCAUCAUGUACCUGCUGCUCAAUAAAGGGUCACGUUUUAACAUCUUUUGUCUAGUGUAAAGAAAUGGAAUAUGUGUAACUGAUUACAGUAAGUCAACCUCUAGUCUUAACAGAUACUAGAUGAUAUAUUGUCAUGUCAGUCUUCGUGUCCACAGUGACGUUGAAAGUAGCGCAACCAUUUUGGUAUUUAUUCUAAUGACCUUCUCAUAUUAGCCAAUGACAGCACUACCCUGGUACUCCCCAUCCAAUCCAGAGGCGACGCUGUGACUCACCAAAUAAGGAGAGACAACACCAUAAAAGGAAACAUAUCUCUUUAUAAGGAGGAAAGCAGAUCUGAAGUGGUAAUAUUAGUGCACCAGCGGAAACAUAGUUUGUUAAUUCAGCUGAUAAUAUAUUUACAUGAAUGAUUGUGAGACAGUGACGUGUAAUUGCAUUAAUUAUAGGCGUCUUUUACUCAUCAAAGCGCGGAUAACUACGACAUUUGAAGAGUUUAUGUUCAGGACUACAUGGAGCGGCGGAGUAAGAACAAGGCUGUACUUCUAGUGUACCUUAUAGAGCAGCGCUGUGAGUUUUAGAAAUCGAGUAGGUUGAGUCAAGCUUCACCCAGGUGAAGGCAACACUUUAGAAAGUUUGCCCUCGCAGUUUCAAACAGACUCACAUUUGUUUCCUAGUUCCGCUGUGUUGACCCAUUGGUAUUUGCAUGCGCUGUGCUGGAGUUGUGCCACCAAGCGCUCCAGCGGUCAGCUGGCGUUUUUAGACGCACGGUUUUCUAACUAGAAUGUUACCAAGCCACGCCGGAUCGGCAUCAGCAGGACACGGGGCCGCUUCAGGCAGGGGUAACACGGGGUACGGGCCGGGGGUAGUUGGUAGCGGGAUUCGUCCUGUCUUGGUUAGAACAGGACAAAAUAUAGCUGCAAUCAGCGGAAGCUCCGGUGUAGUUGGGCGGCAGGGGGACGGGGUCGGGAUGUUGGGGGGAAACGGUCAAGGUGUCGUUCCAAGAGGCGGGGUACGACCAGGGAACGGCACGGGACUGACCACGCUGCAGACCUCAGGACAGGCAGCAAUGGGGGGUUUAAAUACGGGAAUUGGUAUUCACGGAGGCAGCCGGUUCAACACUGAGAAAGAUUGUGCGCCGAUGUGCAGCGGGUCAGAUGCUGACUCGGAGUCGGGGGAGGAUGACGACCCUAUGGGUUCAAUCGGGGACAGCCGGAGAGGUGUGAAGCGUGAGAGAGCGGAGAUGGAGGCUACUGUCAUGGGGCAUGAGCUAGGGGUACAGCCCGGGGGAUAUGGAGGGGUCCCCGGAGGAGUCGCCGGGGCAAAACCAGGAAAAAAAACACGUGGGCGCGUGAAGAUAAAAAUGGAAUUUAUUGACAACAAGUUGAGGCGAUACACAACUUUCAGCAAGAGGAAGACUGGGAUCAUGAAGAAGGCGUACGAGCUCUCCACCCUGACGGGAACACAGGUGCUGCUGCUGGUGGCCAGUGAGACGGGACACGUGUACACCUUCGCCACACGCAAGCUGCAGCCCAUGAUCACCAGCGAGACAGGCAAGGCCCUCAUCCAGACCUGCCUCAACUCCCCCGACUCCCCGCCACGCUCUGACCCCUCCACCGACCAGCGCAUGAGCGCCACGGGCUUCGAGGAGACGGACCUCACCUACCAGGUGUCUGAGUCGGAGAGCAUGGGGGAUUCCAAGGACCAGCUGAAGCCUGCGUUCACUGUGGCCAGCCUCCCUGGCACCGCCAGCAGCCCCACAGCCCCCUCCUCCUCCACCAGCAUGCAGGUGACCAGCGGCCCCUCCUUCCCCAUCACCAACUACCUGGCCCCCCCCAGCAGCAACGCCAGCGCCAACGGCUCCAUCCUCAAAAGCACCAGUGCCACAGCCGGGGUCAUGCAGCUGCCUGGAGGGUUCACCUUCAUGUCCGCGGGCGCGGCCCUCCCCCCCGGCACCCCCACCAUCCCCCUUAGCCAGCUGCAGCAGCACCCCCUGACCCUGCAGGCCCAGGCCCUCUGCUCCUCCCAGCACGCUCACCACUCCCAGCAGGCUGUGUUCCGCUUUCCUACUGCAGUCUCCCUCACCGGGGCAGGAAUGCAGCAUCUCCAGCCCAGCUCAAACAGCACCAACGACAGCAAUGCUGAGAUGACCCUCACAUCCACCACCACUGCAACAGUGAGUCUCCCAGCGACCAUCGUAACCUCCUCGGUGCCCACCUCCAUGGCAGGUCACAUGAUUUACCCCAGCCCCCAUGCUGUGAUGUACACAUCCACGCCAGCUCUGGGUGAUGGUGGCCUGGCCGUGCUCAACACCUUCUCCUCCGGAGGCUCCGCCAUGCAGGUGGCCUCCGCCCCCGGCCACGACGCAGGUGCAGUCCCUCAGGUGUUCCUCACAGCUCCUCCUGGUACUGUACAGAUCCCAGUGUCGGCGGUGCAGCUACACCCAGUACGGCAAGAUCUACACCUUACAAAUGGUGAUUGGUCAACAGCAGAACGCCGGCGACAGCACCCUGACAGAGCUGCAGGUCGUCAGCCUGGACACCACACAGAGCUGUAAGACCGACUGACUCACCUGAGGCAGAGCUGUAAGACCGACUGACUCACCUGAGGCAGAGCUGUAAGACCGACUGACUCACCUGAGGCAGAGCUGUAAGACCGACUGACUCACCUGAGGCCUGGUGGACACUACUGUAUUUAUCGAUGAAUUGUUUUCGUUGAAUUUUGUAUGACUGUUUUUUACGUUAAGUUUGUGCUUUUUUGGAGAUUUGGUAACGAUAUUGUGUGCACCUACUCCCCGUCACACAGCCUAACACGUUGAUGUGUCUGAUUUGUUCAAACAUGGGGUUUAUAGAUGAACGGGCAAUCACAUAUACUCUGGAAAUGUGCAUAAAUCUUUAUGGAAACACAUUUUAUUUUUAGCCUGUUUGUGCAAUGGCAUGUAGUAGUUUUUUUUUAAGAAUUAUUAGUUUAGUGUGCGUAAAUUAAUGUAGCCUACUGUAGAAAGAUAUGUUGAAUUUAAAUCUGCUGAGGGGGCUGGAGAUUUGAAAUAUGUAAUAUUUGAUCAAGGACAAUGAGCAUGGUGCCUUACCCUAACACUGCCCUAAUGAGGUCGGUUACUGACAUGGUGACACUGCUCAGUGGUUAGAGCAUUUGACUGCAGGUCAAUGAAAACAUUGAGCGUGUGGCGUGUCAGUGCGUGUGGUGGUUAGGGUGCUGAACAUGCCUGCAGUACCAGACAGAGAUCCAGCAAACGUGUCUCUCAACCUCCUGCCUCUCUGCUUCCCCUGCUGCAGUCUGGAUACGGCCAUCUGAAAACCACCAGAUACUCACCAGAACUCUGUGAUGUCAUGAUCACUACAUACAUCACAUCAGGGUGCGAAUUACAGGGGGCUUUAGGGGGGUCUGAUCCCCCUAAUUAAGACGUGGACCCCCCCAAAAGAGGUAAAAACCAACAGGACGGGGGGGGGGGGGGGGGGUCGAUACACACCCUGGAGAAGAAGUUGACGCCCCCGAUUGACAUUGUAUAAUUUGCACUUUGCAUCACGUCAUGAUCACUACAUCAGUGCGCUCCAGUCAACAUGUAUUCUUUGCAAUGCCUUUGUUUGCAUAGCUGUGAUCUGAGAGACAUGACACACUGAUCUCUGGUAUCUCCUGAAGACCCGUGCAGCACCAGUGUUAGCACACCUGCAUCUUUACAGCUCAAAUGUCAACCUUGCAAACGAUUGUUUGGUGCAUCAUUUUUUUUAAACAUUUUGUCUUUGAAUAUUUGUCUAACACAGUACAUGUACAGAACUUUUGUAAUAAACACAGAAUGAAACAUUUCUGUCAACAAUGCUGGAAAAGACCCCACACAACCGUGACUCAUAUACAGGGAUGUUUUGUUUAUUAGGACGGAGCAUGUCAAACAGCCAGAAUGUCCUGCAUGGAUCCUAACACAGAGCAGGACCAGGCAGAGGGGGGUCUGGUCUCUUACCCCCUCAGGGCACAGGAACACAGGCAUGAACAUGCACCUUACCCAACAUAGAAAUAUGCACAUCACAGAAAGAUCCGGAGCAUCAGUACAGCAGGCCUGUUACAUCCUGCUGCUUCACGGCAGUGGGAAGCAGCAGUGAAGGGUUCAAUGAUUAAAUGGAGCAACAACAAAACAAUUUCAUACGAAAGUUACAGUGAUUGGUCUAAGCUGAUAUCCAUGACAGUAGAAGACAAACAUGACCUCACUAGAUCCUGCCUCUGCAGACAGGAAACAGCGUCUGUGCGCCUUCACAAAGCGUCAUGAGACAGAAGAAACAGAAGAAACCCAUCCUCUGGGGUCCAGACCCGGCCGGGGUGUGAACCCAGCUGCUGUCACAGGUGGACAGACUGGUCACUAUUUAAACAAGCCAUGUUGGAUGCAUGCAUUUACACCUGGAAUCUCACUGUUGCUACUGCGCACACAGUAUUUACAGGUACAGAAAGAUUUAAAACUUUGAUAAAAAUGUGCACGAUCAAGGAUAAAAAGAUGCUUUUUUUCUCCAUUAAAAUAGACACGUCAGUCUUCUGAUGGUAAAUCUUAGUAUUUUUUUGGUUCAUGAAACAACAAACACUUGAAAACAAGAAGCUUUUUGAGUGUUUUACGUAUGUACAACAUAUGAACAAGACAAUGUGCAAAUCUGAUUUCAUGCAAACAUUUGCAUAAGUAGCUCGGUGUUUAGAAAGGGUUCAGAGAGGGACGGUACUUCACCUCACAAACAGCCUCAUCCAGCCAUAACAUUCAUCCAGACAGCCCUGCAUCUCUACACCCUCUCAACACAUGAAACACACUGCAUCCUCAGCACCUGCAUUGGUUACAUUAAGUACAUCCUUAAUUUAGAUUAAAUAAACAAUUAAGCGUAAGAAUCAAAGCUCCAUGAAAGAUAAUCCAACUGGUUCACUGAUCAAGCCAGCCAACCAGCCAACCAGCCACAUAUAGAAGUAAAAAUGGAUCUCAACAUCUUGUUGGGUAACUCGCCCCUGCACUCAGGACAAGGUUGUCUCUCCUCAACAAAGACCGUGCUGGAUAACAGCUGGUUAACUAACUCCAGAGGGAACCGCCAUCUUCCCCAAGCAUUCACUUGUAUAAGAGCAGAAGCUUAGAGAGAAGUUUACUAUCAAACGCAUGUGCCGUCUGUCACAAACUCUGUUACAAACUUAGCCAAGAACUAAAA